AAUACAUUAGAAACGAAGAAAAGGCCUCGUCCAAUCAGCGGCAUUCUUAGAAAUGCCGGGUUUUGUCCGAGAGACCAUACACGAUUUACCAUAAUAAUAUCAAGUUUCAAGCUAUCUUCUGAGGAGAAAAGGAAUAUAUUAAAUCCUGGCUAGAUAGCAGAGCUAUGGACACCGAGGGUUUUGGAGAGCUGCUACAGCAGGCAGAGCAGUUAGCCGCCGAGACAGAAGCGGUGUCGGAGCUUCCUCAUGUGGAGAGGAACCUGCAGGAGAUUCAGCAGGCUGGGGAGAGGCUCAGGUCCCGCACGUUGACCCGCACCUCUCAGGAUGCUGCAGAUGUCAAAGCGUCCAUCCUCCUGGGCUCCAGAGGACUAGACAUCUUCCACAUCUCUCAGAGGUUGGAGAGUCUGAGUGCUGCCACUAGCUUUGAGCCCUUGGAGCCGGUCAAAGACACUGACAUACAGGGCUUCCUGAAAAACGAGAGGGACAACGCCCUCCUCUCAGCCAUCGAGGAGUCCCGACGCAGGACCUUUCUGCUGGCGGAGGAGUACCACCGGGAGUCCAUGCUGGUCCAGUGGGAGCAGGUGAAGCAGCAGGUGCUGCGCACCCUGCUGGGGGCCGGAGAGGACGCCCUGGACUUCAGUCAGGAUGUGGAGCCUAGUUUUGUGAGUGAAGUCGGGGUCCCAGGAAGGAGUGCCUUGGACAGUGUGGAAGUGGCCUAUGGACGACAGAUCUACAUCUUCAACGAGAAGAUCGUCAACGGCCACAUCCAGCCCAACCUGGGGGACCUGUGUGCCUCUGUGGUGGAGAGCAUCGACGACAAGAACGUGUCAGACAUGUGGCUGAUGGUGAAGCAGAUGACUGACGUGCUGCUGGUGCCGGCUAAAGACACCCUGAAGAGCCGCACGGCGGUGGACAUGCAGAUGGCCUUUGUGCGCCAGGCUCUCAGCUUCCUGGAGAACUGGUGUGUGUGUGUGUGUGUGUGUGUGUGUGUGUGUGUGUGUGUUCUUCUCAUGCCUCUGUGUCUCCUUCCCCGCUGCAGCUACAAGAACUACACCAUGGUGACGGUGUUCGGGAACCUCCACCAGGCCCAGCUGGGCGGGGUGCCUGGAACGUACCAACUGGUCCGCAGCUUCCUCAACAUUAAACUGCCCGGCCCACUGCCCGGCAUGCAGGACGGGGAGGUGGAGGGUCACCCGGUGUGGGCGGUCAUCUACUACUGCCUGCGCUGUGGGGACCUGAAUGCAGCCAUGCAGGUGGUGAACAGGGCCCAGCACCAGCUGGGGGACUUCAAGGCCUGGUUCCAGGAGUACAUGAACAGCCCUGACAGACGGCUCUCCCCGGCAUCGGAAAACAAGCUGCGUCUCCACUACCGCCGGGUCCUGCGGAACAGCGCCGACCCCUACAAGAGGGCCGUCUACUGCCUGAUCGGAAAGUGCGACGUCAGCGACAACCACGGGGAGGUGGCGGACAAGACGGAGGACUACCUCUGGCUGAAGCUGAACCAGGUGUGUUUCGACGACGACGGCAGCAACUCACCGCAGGACCGACUGACCCUGCCCCAGCUGCAGAAACAGCUGCUGGAGGACUACGGGGAGGCCCACUUCUCGGCCAGCCAGCAGCCCUUCCUCUACUUCCAGGUGCUGUUCCUGACGGCCCAGUUCGAGGCGGCCGUGGCCUUCCUGUUCCGCGUGGAGCGCCUGCGCAGCCACAGCGUGCACGUGGCGCUGGUGCUGUACGAGCUGCGGCUGCUGCUCAAGUCGUCAGGCCAGAGCGCCCAACUCUUGAGCCAGGAGCCCGGGGACCCUCCCAUGGUGCGCCGGAUCAACUUCAUCCGCCUGCUCAUGCUCUACACCCGCAAGUUUGAGUCCACAGACCCACGGGAGGCCCUGCAGUAUUUCUACUUCCUCCGCAAUGAGAAGGACAGCCAGGGAGAGAACAUGUUCAUGCGCUGCGUCAGUGAGCUGGUGAUUGAGAGCCGUGAGUUUGACAUGCUGCUGGGAAGACUGGAGAAGGAUGGCAGCAGAAAGCCCGGCGUGAUAGACAAGUUUGCCGGAGACACCAAAGCCAUCAUCAGUAAGGUGGCGUUGGAAGCAGAGAACAAGGGCCUGUUUGAGGAGGCAGUCAAACUCUACGAGUUGGCCAAGAACCCAGAUAAGGUGCUGGGGCUGAUGAACCGGUUGCUCAGUCCAGUGAUUGCUCAGGUCAGCGCUCCCCAGUCCAACAAGGAGAGGCUAAAGAACACAGCCCUGGCCAUCGCGGAGAGGUACCGCUCACAGGGCACGGCCGGCGAGAAGUCUGUGCACAGCACCUUCUACCUGCUGCUGGACCUCAUGACCUUCUUCGAUGAGUACCACGCCGGCCACAUCGACCGGGCCUACGACGUGAUGGAGCAUCUGAAGCUCCUCCCACUCAGUCAAGACAGCGUGGAGGAGAGAGUCGCCGCCUUCAGGAACUUCAGUGACGAGGUCCGUCACAACCUGUCCGAGGUGCUGCUGGCCACCAUGAACAUCCUGUUCACGCAGUACAAGCGCCUGAAGGGGGCGUCGACGGGCACCCCAGGCCGACCCCAGAGGAGCAUGGAGGACAGGGACAUGCAAAUGCGCAGCCAGGCCAGAGCCCUGAUCACCUUCGCUGGGAUGAUCCCGUACAGAAUGGCCGGAGACACCAAUGCCAGAUUGGUGCAGAUGGAAGUGUUGAUGAACUGAGACUAUAUAUAUAUACAGAGACACACACAGAUAGACACACAGACACACACACACACACACACACACUAUGAAUUGCAUUUUCUUGUUUUGUUGUUCCAUAUUUUUGUUUUUCAUGAUUUUGAAAUAAAAAAAAAAAGACACAUUUUCAGUUGCCUAUGUUUCAUAAUUAUUUUUUCAAUAUACUUUUCAUCUUUAUAAUUUUUCUUAUUUUCUAUCACCCCAACCCUCCUCAUUAUACUUGAUGCAUUUUGUUAUCAUAUUUUAUUUAAAUCACUAAUUUUCCACUUCCAUUUUCCAAUAAUGUUCUGCAAAGUAUGUGAGGUUUACAAAACAGACUGUCGAUAAUGUUUCUUCGAUAACGCAUUUCUGAAAUGUGCGCUAACAGGGUAUCGUACUCGAUAAACCUGGCUUACAAAUGCCUACAACAUAUACUGUCACCCUGUUUUAGUGGGGUUCUACUUAACCAAAGCCUUUACAUGUAUUUGCAUUUUUCUUUUGUCAAGUCAUCUGUGAGGCUGAGUUUUUUUUUAACACGAUCCGACUGCUGAGUAUACUUUGAGGAAUCUGAUUUUUUACUUCCGUUAUUUAAUAUUUUAUACGCAUACUUCUUAUCUAUUGCUGUCCAAUACAAUUGCUUUUUGAAGGUUGCCAGAGGCUCUACAGCAGGGCGAUAAGUAGCUUGAUUGUGUACCUAGUCAGGCAUGUUAACUCUGGGUUGAGUCUCUUAACGACGGUGUCCCUUGACGUUCAUCAGGAGACAGGCGCCUGGGUAGGGACACUCGGCUUACUCACCGACAUUACGUGGGUGAGUAGUUGAUGCCUGCACUUCAAUGGAAGUAAUCAAGGUGUUGACCUUGAUGGUGGCGGCUACAGGAAACCACUGAAGCAAAAUGAAGAGCUGAAUAAUUUGCACGCUUCUGUGCGUUGAACACCUAACAUGCUCUGCAUGUUUAACUAUCUGGAUGUUUGACAUGCCUUUGCUGGUAGCCUUUUAUGGUUCAGUAUUCGCAUGAUUUUACUGAUGCAGGAAGUGAAUGUCCCUGAUUGAACUGAGUCGCCAUGUCUGUCUUUGAUAGGUUGACAGGAAUGUGAAGGUCCUUUAUCCUAACAAAGUCACCUCUUAGGCAAUCCAUGCAAAGACUGGGAAGGAACAGUAUAACUUGGUGUCACUGGUAUAGAAAGGAGAAUCAUUAUUCUUGUUGCUAUGUACACAAAAGCAAGAGGAAACGGCCAAGCUACAACAUAACCGGCUAUAACUAAUUCUUCACCAGCCCAUUACUUAUUGACAAUCUAGUGGUACUUUUAAGAUUUGCAUUUAUGAAUCCAGACGCAGCUUACAAUUAUUAUUUUUCUGUGGCAUAAAUCAUCACUGGCAUUUGGUAAAGGAGCUUUAUCACAGAGCGAUGCGUGGGAACCUGAAGCCCCCAUCUGCCCAAGUCCUUCCAUCUGACUUGCAGGCCCAGCGGAACAAGAAGAAGAGAUGUGUGUUGGGUGUGUGCGCUGCAGCUGGUGUUGUGAAUCAGGCCGACGACCGACACAUUGAUUACCGGCUACUUCACAACACCAGGGUAGUACCACACCAAUGUCUACAAGACCCGCCCCUUAUCUUCAGCACAGGACCGCAGUUGAUUAGCCGCCCCAACGCCACUGGACGAAACAAACCAAAAGAUGAACCGAGAGAAAAUCUCUCUGUGAAUGACCUUUCAAAAAGGUCUUUGCCCACAGAGGUUUCAUAGCAGAAUGUACAGCCGAUGCUCUACAACCAAUGGAAAAGGGCCCCAUUGGUCACUGAUGAGCCCAAUUCCCUGGUGUGAGAGACAGCACUUGUGUCAUUCAAAUGAAUUCUGCUUUAAUGGCAAGGUAUGUCAAGUGUUAAUUCUCCCACUCUUUCAUUGUAUGUUGAUUGCAAGUAUAUCUUUAUUAUUUUUUACCUCUAAUAAACAAUAAUUUAUUCAAAUGUUAA